AUGCAAAGAGCUGACAACGCAACUAAGGAAUCAUCAGGAUCCAUCACUUAUGGUGGAUUUGAUGGAGAGGCUUGUGACAAGAACAUCCAAUACCUGCCAUUAGCACAGCCAGGUGUUUGGGGAUUCUUUGUGGAAGGCUGGUCGAUGGGGUCAUUUAAAGGAACUCAGAAUGAGACGGCUAUCUCUGCCUCCUCAUCCGGCUGGACCGGUGUUCCUACCGCCACAUUCAGUCACAUCCUCAAGGCCACCAAGGCAAAGUUUGACUGGGAACUGAAUGCCUAUACAGUGUCAUGCUCUACCAUCGAGCGCCAACCGGACCUCAACUUGAAUAUUGGAGGAAAUACUUAUACAAUCAAAUCUCUUGACUAUGUUCUCGACUUGGGUUUAAACAAUGGUCAGUGUGCACUUGCGUUCUUUUCAAGCGCCAAAAUGAAUGCGGAUUGGAUUCUUGGUGACGCAUUCAUUCGUGGGUACUGUCAUGUUUAUGAUUUCGGAAAUUCACGAGUGGGACUCUCGAAAUUUGUUAAGCGGGAUUGA